GGUCUUCAAGGCUCACGGAGAGCGAAUGUCGUCAUGAGCGGUGGGUAGGAAUUAAAACAUUGGUGUAUUUUAUAUUACUACUUCGUUAAACAUUGUAUUUACAUUGGAGAGAAACGCGCUGGACGUUAUGCGGAACGAAUAAAUGUGUUUUUAGGGGGUGGCUCGGCCAGUUGUGUGAACCACAAUAAGCACUUCCGAACAACAGGACAGCAUGGCCACCACUGUUGCUGUCAGUCCCAGUGAAUACCUUCAGCCCUCCACUGCUUCCUUGCAAGACGCCCAGCCGUCUCCUCUGGCCCUCUUGGCUGCCACCUGUAGUAAGAUCGGCCCUCCUGCUGCUCAGGCCCCCGUCACCUCUCCUCCAGCGCAGCCGCAGCCUCGCAGGCUCCUCCCCAUAAAGCCGGCUCCCAUCGCCCCCGCUCCACCCAAGAACCUGGGUUUCCUCUCGGCCAAGGGCAAUGUGAUCCAGCUGCCCGCCGGCCUGGGCUCCACGGCCCCCGGCAGCCCCAUCGUGCUCACCAUCCAGCAGAGCCCGGCCCGCACCAACACCUCGGCCCCCGCCAACAUCCAGUACCAGAUGAUGCCGCAGAUCCAAGGUGCCCAGACUAUCCAGAUGAUGCCACAGGGAGGUCAGAUCCAGCUCAUACCGGGCACCAACCAGGCCAUCAUCACCACGCCCAUGACCGUACCGGCUCCCGCGGCCGGCACAGCGGCGGUCACACCGCAGAAGACUGUAGCCAUCAAGCCCUCCCCAAAGUCGCGCAAGCCAAACAACUCUGCCGCAAACAUGCUGCAGCUGCCCGGCGGGAUAACGCUGCCGUUCAACAUGGCGACCGGAGAGAUGGGCGGGGCUCAGUUCGUCACAGAGAUGGCGGUCGCCGCUCACAAACCAGGAAAGGGAGGACGAGGGAGGAAGAAGAAAAUGGUUCUGGCUGCUUAUCCUCCUGCCUCUCCACCCCUCGACCAGAUGGAGACCAUCCUGAUAGAAGCUGGCGACAACAUCAUCCAGGCAGGUAACAACCUACUGAUCGUGCAGAGUCCCGGGCAGCCGCCUAUGGUGCAGCAGGUCCAGCUGGUCCAGCCCAAACCGGAGUCCCAGGUGGUUCAGAUCCCCCAGCAGGCCUUGAAGGUGGUGCAGGCCGCCUCCGCCACACUACCGCCCGUCCCACAGAGGCAGUCGGUCCAAUCGAGCCUGCAGAUCUCAGAUCCGACACCAACGCAGAUCCUCUUCAAAACCGCAUCCGGUGAGUGGCAGUCUGUUCAGAUCCAGGACUCCGUCUCCCCCACAACGACCUCCACCACUUCGGUCACCACCUCGCCGCCGGCCGGCUCCAGGAGGGCGGGGGGGCGCAAGGAACGGACUCUGGCAAAAAUUGCCCCGGCGGGGGGGAUGAUAUCGCUGAACACGCCGCAGCUGUCCUCGACGACGCAGGCGGUGCAGACGAUCAGCAUCAACGGGGUCCAAGUUCAGGGAGUUCCCGUCACCAUCACCAACGCAGGGGGCCAGCAGCACCUGACGGUGCAGGCCCUGCAGGGUGGAGGGCUCCAGCUGGCAGCGACGCCGGGCCAGCCGGCCAUCCAGGUGGACCAGACCCUCACCCUGGAGCUGCCCGGCCAGCCAGGAGAGAAGAAGAGACGCAUGGCCUGCACCUGUCCCAACUGUAAAGACGCAGACAAGAGGCCCGGGGAGGUGGGGAAGAGGAAGCACAUCUGUCACGUCCCCGGCUGCGAGAAGACGUUCAGGAAAACGUCGCUGCUCAGAGCUCACGUCCGGCUGCACACCGGAGAAAGGCCCUUCGUCUGCAACUGGGUUUUCUGCGGGAAACGUUUCACACGCAGCGACGAGCUGCAGCGGCACGCCAGGACGCACACAGGAGACAAACGCUUUGAGUGCAGCCAGUGUCAGAAACGCUUCAUGAGGAGCGACCACCUGACGAAGCAUUACAAGACUCACAUAAACACCAAGAACCUGUGAGCGCUAUACCGAGCGUAUACGCAGACAGACUCUCUCAAACUAAAGACCGUGUCAGAGGAAGGAGGGGCCAGAGGAGACGAAGUCACAGGAGUGUCUGUGACUCCUCCCCCUUUAUGGGAAAUGCUCCAAAGACAGGUCCCUGUCUCCCCUCUCACUCCUCUGGGACAAAGUGUAGCGUGGUGUACAAACAAACCCUUCCUGGUGGACUUCAAACUGAUCUAGCAAAUGUAUUAAUAAUGGUUUAUCUUUGUUUUUUUUUCCUCUGGUCUGAGUGGAUUCCAGAACCAGCUCCGAGCGAAGUCUUCACGCGCUGAUGUUCAACUCUGCUUCUUUAUUUAUGGACUCUGGGGGAGGAACGUACAGAACUACUCAGACCCCAGGACUCCAGUCACAGUUUCCCGCUCUUUUAUUUUGUUUUUCUUCCCCCAAAUCCCGCUUGACUCUUUUCAUUUGUUUUGUUGUGGACUAUUGGGAGAUCCCAGAAAUUGGCUUUCAAAAACAUACUGUAUACAAUAUAUAUAUUACAUAAAAACUCCACUUCCAAGACUUCUGAAAAGCUUUUAGAAGUUUACCGUGACUAUUUUUUAAAGUGUGUGUAUGCAUACUAUUAUACAUAAUAUUAAUAUUGAUAAUAAACUAUUUAUAAACAUUUUCCAUACAAUUGUUAGAAAUUGAUUUACAAAGUAGGUACGUAGAAAACCUGAGGCUCAACGUUUGACAGUAGAACUACAAAGAGGACGUAGAAAGAACGUUUUUAUCACAUUUGCUUUGAGGGCACUGAUGAGGCGGAGCUCUUCCAGCAGAGCGACCCGAACCUGACGUCUCUGGUGGGAAAGUUUUAAAUGCUUUAAAAGUAUCCAACUUCAAUUUCUAAACUUAUCUCAGUGAAGAUCCUGACUCCUGCUGUAAAAUAUUCACACAGUGAAUGUAAUGUAACAAAAGAUAUGAUUUUAUUUGGAAAUAUAGUUUGCUUAAACUGAGAGACUUGACGUUCAAAUUCGAAUCGAACAUCAUACUCAAACUUGGUAAAGCUGAGCGAUGUUUCAAAUUUCUUCAGGUUGAUGGAGCAUUGUGGAGACAGUUUCUAGUCAACAUGAAGCACAUUUGGUUUAUUCUGAGAGAAGGUCCUAAGGCGCUGCACGUCUCCUAUCAUGAUUGGGUGAAAUGAUAGAGGACCCAGGAUCGAUCCCUGUGGAACACCAGAGUGUUGAGAUAAACCACAUGACAGGCUGUGAGGGUCGUGGUGAUGUCACCUUUCAUCAGCUGUUAGGAGGACGUUGUUUGUAACAUCUCAGAUGAUUGGAGGACUCCACUAAUACUUCAGAAAUGUUCUUUAAGGAAACGCCGCUAAGUCACUUCACUUUUAAGUCUCCUUUAUCAAUGAGUCAUAUUUCAUAGACUGCAUCAAUAACCUGAUGUCUAAGGAGAGUGAUGAUUUAAUUUAUGAUAUAUCUAUACUACCUAAAAUUCUCUACCUUUUUUUUUUUUAGAGAAGUACUGCAAAAACGUUCAACUUUCUGGAGAACUUCCUGUGUUGUCAAGCUGCAGUGCUGAGUUCAUAACUCUGAAACAAAUCGAUAAAUAUUUUCACAGAGGUCUCUUGAGUCUCCGGGUUUAAAUCAGUGAAGUAUUAGUGAUCACUUUGGUGAUAAACCCGCUCACACCCUUCUUUUCUCUCUGCGAUCCAAACCAGGUUGCUACAUGGCGUCCAUCUUGGAUACCUCAACGGGUACGUCUAGGGCUGGGUAUCCACCUUCGAUGUGUUCAGCACUGAAAUGUGUCCUCGCUGAGUAUCGAAGCUGUCAAGUAUUGAGAGUUGGCUUCCAAUAUUUGGCCAGAUUUCUACUCUUAUUAACUUGUUCUUUUAUCACAUCGUUCCUGAUUUGAAUCAAAACAUUUCGACAGUAUUCUGUUUAGUUCUUUAAAUGGCUGCGUGUGGUUGGACGUUUAGUUUUAACUCUACUUUUAUUAAACGAAAAAGAUCAUUGUUUUUUUACUUGAAAGGUUUGCAUUUUCAUUGUGGCAUAAAUACAUGUUUAUACUUCUCAAAGUAAGGUAUCCAAAAACAGCAUGGUGCCCAGCCCUACUUACACUGUGUGUACUAAUAAAUAAGUAACUAAAUUCCAGAGUAACUCUGCUAUUCUGCUUUACUCACGGUAUGAUUUUUGAUUUUUGAUUUGAAGCCUAUGCAUUGCUGUGUGUGUAUGAUCAGAUUUCCAGUUAUUCGGCCUGACUUGACAAUCACGUCCCGAAAUGACAACAGAAAACUCUUUCUCAGGCCUUUGAUCAGUUGCUUUGUACAUGAACUUUCUUUCUUCCCAGCUAUGUGAUAGCUUUAAUUCUGAAUUAACACUUGAGAUGUUUGUGUUGAUAUGCAGAUGACCAGCAUUAGGCCUACUGUACAGUAUUCACACACGUUACUUCAAUAUCUUUGGCUUUACAAAAAACAUAUAUAAAGACGAUUUGCUGAACGCUUGCUAACAUGUCAGUCAGUUUGAAGUCUGAACCUUUUUAUUUUGAAAGAAAUGCACCGACUUAUUGUUAAAUAAGCUUUUUGGUCGAAUCGGACGGCGGGUAGCGUGUCCACCUCUGUGUUGAGUUCUCACUGUGGCGUGUUUUAAUACUGUGACAUACAUGUUAAAUGGAUGACGCUGCCUCGCUUAAACAUCCAACAACAACUUUGACCAAAAAGCUAAAGUCCGAUGUGUUUUUAAAGCACUUUGACCCAGUUUUCAUCAAAGUGCUUCCCAGGGGAGACAAAUACUGCGUAAAGC